AGAUAUUUCAACUUGUAAAUAUUUUAUUACAGAAAAGGCAAUUGAUUAUGUUAAGAGUAGUGUUUAUUAUAAUGACAAAAAAAAAAAGAUGGAUAUAACAAAAAUUCUGGCUUAUUGUUUUUUUUGUAAUCAAGACUAUAUUGAUUCCGGAAUAUUAUAUGGAAGAUUAAGAAAAACAUCAUUAAAAUAUAACCUCAAUGAUUAUUGCAAAAAUUUAUAUUUUGAGUCUUUAUCCUAUUAUAAAAUAGGGGAAUUAAAUAAAGCAGAACGAGUUUUGUAUAUGGGACUUUCUUCUAAAUUAGAUUCAAACAACCUAUAUUAUGUGAAACUCUAUGAGUUAAUAACCUGUCUAAAGUUCUACCUAAAUGACUUGGAAGGUUGCGAAAAUUAUCUGAAACGCUUAGUAUCAAUCAAUUAUCCUUCUCAAGGCGAGUCUAAGGAUGAAUUUAAUGUCAUGAUUCCCGAACUAAAAUACGCCAUUAUGGGUUGUGUCUUUUAUCAAAAAUCUAAAUACCGCAAGGCGUUGGAGUGUUUCAAGAAAAUUUUGAAGAAUUUGAAAAAACAACGUUCUUCCCCUUCUAAACCUGGUAAAUAUUCAUUGACAUCCAGUCAUUCGUCAACUCAUUCAAACCCAUUUUUCAAUUAUACUGGAUUAGAUGUACCAUCCAUUUUGUACAACAUGGCACUUUGCCAUUACAAUUUGACGGAGUUUGAGAUGUGCAAAAAAUAUUCGGGGUUGAUAAUCAAUUUAGCUCUCAAUAAAAACCCAGAAUUAUACAAAUCGAUGCGAAAAAUAGCAAACGUUCCUGACCUUCAUUUAACAAAGUCAACGAUUUUUAAUGAUUUAAAGAAUUCUCGUCUGGUCGAGGCUACAAACAUGCUGGCCCUCAUUGAAUAUCAAAUCAACUCAAACGUCAUUAGCGCUUUCACCACACUUCACGAAAUUUACCUUAUAAUCAAACAAUUCCCCAUUAAUGGAUUAGGCUUGGAUCCAACCACAUUGCACAAUCAUAUCGUCAUUACCUUUGAUUUAAUAUAUCACCUCAAUAAUUUAUACACUUCAAGUAUGAUUAGAUCCAUUGUAUUCGAUAAAAAUUUUACUCCGGAAGAAGAAUUGAGUGAAAUGCUUUGCAAAUCCAUAGAAUUAACUGAUCAAAACGAAAUUUAUUUUGUCAAUAAUUAUAUUACAUUGGAAACGUUAUUGCUUAAACUCUUGCCUUCGUGCCAUUCGGACAAUCAAGGCUUACUCAUGAUACAAGGGGAAGAUCUUACUGGAGGAGAUGGAAUAACCGGAAAAGAUUCACAAAACGAUAAUGUUCUUGACAAUAUUGAAGAAAAUGCGAACCCUAUUAAGUUAGAAGAAGCGCAAUAUAAUGGCAAAAAUAAAGAUAUAUACUCGGAGGCAGAAAAUCACAAAGUUGAAUGGUGGAGAAUUUGGAAAGGAAAUGAUAAUAAAGCGCAUAACUCCGUGUUUGCUAAUCUUUUACUGACUUAUUGCAUUUUGGAGAAAUACGAUAGUGUGGCGAAUUUGUUAGCUCAGCGAGUUGAUUUAACUUACCAAAGCCUAUCUCAAAUCCUUUACGAUUAUUUUGACUGUACGCUUGUAUUGCAAACAUCUUUUUUAGAGGGUUCGAACAAAAUAUAUGGUAUAUUAGAUGAAUUCUUCGAAAAACUGUCGAUACAGUUAACAGAGAUAAUCGAAAAUGGAAGAAUUAUUAAAAAUUUAUCACAACGCAAAAGUAAAAAACAUAAGCUUAAUAGUGAUAAUAGCCUUGAGACACUUAAAGAGAAUUCCAAGAAACUCGACAAUAAACUGGAGAUGAAAAAUCUUGUUUUAGUCAAAGACUUUGAAACUAAUUUGAAUCAUUAUUCCUCCUACCUAACCCUUAUAUGCAACCAAAUGUGGAGUGGUCCCUCUGAAGACAAUUCCAACUUUAAAAAGAUACAAUAUUUGUACCAUAAAUACAUCGGCAAUAUAUCUCAACCUUUGACCUUAAACGAACCUUUUAAUGAAUAUCCGCGUCUUAAACGAACAGUCCAAAAUUUGCUUAGACAUAAUCAAAUUUAUGGAAUAGGGCAUCCUUUGUUCCUCAGAGAAAAAUUUGUGGAAGCCUUACCUGUAUAUUUGGAGGUACUUAAAAUAAAGGAGAAUUUUGAAUCUAAUAACAACGAUAAUGAGCGGUCAUUUGAUUCUAACGAAUAUUUUGAAACUCUUAUUCUGGAUUCUUUUGUCGUAGCCAAUACAUGCGUUUGUUUUAUGCUUGCGAACAAGCUGAAACAGAGUGAAGAACUAUACAAUAAAUUAGUCGAUGUUAUCGAAAGGGGACCUGCUAUGGACACGAAGGAUUCUAUCAAUAACUUUGAAUUUUGGGCGAAAUUAUUUCCCAAUGUAUCGAUUUUAAAUCUUGUUAUUGGAACCGCUCAUUAUUUGAAAGGCGAUGUUGAGAAAUGUUUGGAACUGCUGAAUUCAGUCGCGAACUAUGUGUCACUCAAUAUAGAUAACGUUAUGCCAUUACAACCCUUCCUUGAAAAUAAAAUUUUAUUUUACAUGUGGGAACUCGCUAAAAAGUGUUAUUUAAAGAUAUUAGUAGAUGCGAAACGAAAUACUUGUAUAUUGGAUGAUAAGAUUUUUCAGAAUUGUUUGACCUGUUUGACCAUUAAACCAAAAAAUGCGAACAUUGAAGGCACAACUGAAAAUAAUUUUAAUUUUCAAAAGGAUAACUUUAUUAAUUCAACAUCCAUUGUUUGCAAGGAUAUGAAUAUUUUGAAAGACAAUAUAUAUGAAAUUAUUAAAAAUUGAAUAAUAUUGAAUAAAUCAAUUAUUUGUGUUAUAAUUAAGA